GAGACGGUCCCAUAUUUGAUCGAGGUGCCAUAUCCAUUUAUGAUGACUGACAUUAGGGAGCGUCUUAAAAUAGGCAGCCAGGGGAUCAAGAGGAGCACUCAGCUGGAGCCUUGGAGCUAGACACACACAGACAACACACACUCGGCUCUGUCUGCAGCUACGAUGUCCAUCAUCAAGAUCCACGCUCGAGAGAUCCUCGACUCCAGGGGAAACCCUACAGUGGAGGUGGAUCUUUAUACUGAGAAAGGUCGGUUCAGAGCUGCGGUUCCCAGCGGAGCCUCCACAGGUGUCCAUGAGGCUCUGGAGCUUAGAGACGGAGACAAAACUCGCUACCUGGGGAAAGGUGUGACUAAAGCUGUUGAUCAUGUGAACAAGGACAUCGUUCCCAAGCUGCUGGAGAAAAAGCUGAGUGUUGUUGACCAGGAGAAGAUCGAUCAGCUCAUGCUGGAACUCGAUGGCACUGAGAACAAAUCUAAAUUUGGUGCUAACGCUAUCCUGGGUGUGUCUCUGGCGGUGUGUAAGGCUGGUGCGGCGGAGAAAGGUGUUCCUCUGUACCGCCACAUCGCUGACCUCGCCGGCCAUGCUGAUGUCAUUCUGCCCGUUCCGGCGUUUAACGUGAUUAAUGGUGGCUCUCACGCCGGCAAUAAACUGGCCAUGCAGGAGUUUAUGAUUCUUCCAGUGGGGGCAGCAAACUUCCACGAGGCCAUGCGCAUCGGUGCUGAGGUUUAUCACAACCUCAAAAGUGUCAUCAAGGGCAAAUAUGGAAAAGAUGCCACCAACGUAGGAGACGAGGGCGGCUUUGCCCCCAACAUCCUGGAGAACAACGAGGCCCUGGAGCUUCUGAAGUCAGCCAUCGAGAAAGCUGGCUACUCCGAUAAGAUCAUCAUCGGCAUGGAUGUCGCUGCCUCUGAGUUCUACAGGAACGGAAAAUACGACCUGGACUUUAAAUCCCCCGACGAUCCCAAACGUCAUAUAACCGGAGAGCAGCUCGGAGAUCUGUACAAGAGCUUCAUCAAGAAUUACCCAGUCCAGUCCAUUGAGGACCCCUUCGACCAGGAUGACUGGGAAAACUGGACGAAGUUUACAAGUUCUGUGGACAUCCAGAUCGUAGGAGAUGACCUGACAGUGACCAAUCCCAAACGCAUUCAGCAGGCUGUGGAGAAGAAAGCCUGCAACUUGUAA